AUGACAAACAUGUCCUCCCUUAACCCCCCCCCAGAUGCGAAGUUCUUCUCCCCUUCGCCCUCCUCCUCCCAAACGUCUACUCCCGUCCCCUCCUCUUCAACGACAACCACCACCGGCUCGCAACAACCCAUUUCCCUCAACAGCACUAGCACAGGCACCCGAACCAGCGACGAUGAUUAUGAUGCCGCAAGCACAACCUCAUCCUCCAACACCAGCAGCUUCCUAACUCCUCAAACUAUAGCCGCCCUCCGCGGCCUUGCCCUCUUUUCAUCGUUAGUAUCAGCUCUCUGCGCAGGGUCGAUCACAAUUUUUUCUUUGUACGCGCCGCAGCUGCAGGCAAGAUUGCAUUACUCGCAGUAUCGGGUCAAUGGGCUGGCCUCAGCUGCGAGCUUGGCAAUGUACGCCCCCGUGCCUCUGCUGGGGUAUCUCUGUGACCGAGUUGGGCCGGCACCGCUGGGGAUGUUGGCUGGGCUGGGGUUUGGCGUGGGGUAUACGGGAGCAGCGGUGGCGUUUGCGAGGGAGAGGGAUGGGGUUGAGGGACGGUCUCCGGGGAGGGUUUUGGUGCCUGCUGAGGCAUGGGGGGAUAAGGUGGGGGCUGCUAGGGUAGAGGGACAGUGGUACGCGGCGAUGGUAGCCUCGUUCGUGAUAAUUGGCGUUGCGACGUGCAGUAUGUACAUGGCGGCUGUGGCGACGUGUGCAAAGAAUUUCGGACGAGGCAAGCAUCGCGGUUUGGCUGUCGCGCUCCCAAUUGCAGCGUUUGGUCUGAGCGGGAUGUGGUUGAGCCAAGUGGGAAGCAGGCUGUUUGGUGAUGGCUCGCCGCAGGGGGAUGUGGAUGUGUUCCGGUUCUUUCUCUUCCUUGCCGUGAUGCUGUUCAUCGUUGGUGCGGUUGGGUCCCUCGGGCUGCGUAUUAUCGACGAGGAGGAGUUGAUUGAAGACGCGGUCGAGGAGCUUGAGCGAAGCGACAUCCUAGAGAGCAGCGUCCUCCUCUCACCCAGCCGAGUCGAGAGCGGCACCGCCAACGGCUAUGGCACCAUCCCCCCCUCCGACCUCGACGAACCCCUGAUAAACCCAACCCUCAUCAAAGACGGCGCCCUCACCCUCAAGAAGCGGUUCGUCCUCAAUACCGAAACAGCCCGUUUCCUCUCAGAUCACACCAUGUGGCUCUUUGCUUUGGGCUUUUUCUUUAUGAUCGGCCCAGGCGAAGCCUUCAUCAACAACAUGGGCACCGUGCUCAAAUCCCUUUCCCCUCCCCCUACCACCGUCCAUCUCUUUGAUUCCUCCUCCACCUCCCCGGCAACCCACGUCUCCAUCAUCGCCCUCUCCAGCACCGCCACGCGCCUCCUAACCGGUACCCUAACCGACCUCCUCGCCCCCUCCCCUGCAACCCAACACCCGCAACUCACCCCCUCUCCAAUCCAACAAAGACAGCGAUUCACACUCUCCCGCGUCCCCUUCCUCCUAAUCUUCUCCCUGCUCCUCUCUCUCGGCCUGUCCCUCCUCGCCUCCGGCGCAAUGCAAUCAAACCCGACCCACUUCUGGAUCGUCUCCUCUCUUGUUGGAGCAGGCUAUGGGGCUGUGUUCAGCCUCACGCCCAUCAUCAUCACGGUGAUCUGGGGCGUCGAAAAUUUCGCUACGAAUUGGGGCAUUGUGGCGGUGUUCCCUGCGCUGGGGGCGACGUUGUGGGGAGUUGUGUACUCGGCUGUUUAUCAGGCUGGAGUUAGGAAGUCGAUCUUGGGGCCUGGGGAUGUAAAUGAUGGAGGAGAGGAGUAUAUUUGCUAUGGACAGCAGUGCUAUGCCCCAGCAUUUUGGGCGAUGGCGGGGAGUGUGUGGGUUGCCUGUGGAUUGGUUGUGUGGGCGUGGAAGGGAAGGAACGGAUGGGCGCAAAGGGGCAUUGUGGUGUAA